UCUGUGUCUGUGUGUCUUCCUCCCGGCGUUCAUCUCCCUCCAUCUCAUUCUGGCGGCCCCCUCUCAGAGCCGGGAGGAGCGUGUUCUCCGCCAUGAAGCUCGGCAAGAACCGGCCUCACAAGGAGGAACCCCAAAGACCAGAUGAACCAGCAGUGUUGGAGAUGGAAGACCUUGACCGCCUGGCUAUUCGACUGGGGGAUGGGCUGGAUCCUGACUCUGUGUCUCUUGCUUCCGUCACCGCGCUCACCACCAAUGUCUCCAACAAGCGAUCCAAGCCAGACAUUAAGAUGGAGCCAAGUGCCGGGCGGCCCAUGGAUUACCAGGUCAGCAUCACAGUGAUUGAGGCUCGGCAGCUGGUGGGCUUGAACAUGGACCCCGUGGUGUGUGUGGAGGUGGGCGACGACAAGAAGUACACGUCCAUGAAGGAGUCCACGAACUGCCCCUACUACAACGAGUACUUCGUCUUCGACUUCCACGUCUCUCCUGAUGUCAUGUUCGACAAGAUCAUCAAGAUCUCGGUCAUUCACUCCAAGAACCUGCUGCGCAGCGGCACCCUCGUGGGCUCCUUCAAAAUGGACGUGGGGACCGUGUACUCGCAGCCAGAGCACCAGUUCCAUCACAAGUGGGCCAUCCUGUCAGACCCCGACGACAUCUCUGCGGGGCUGAAGGGCUACGUGAAGUGUGACGUCGCCGUGGUGGGCAAGGGGGACAACAUCAAGACGCCCCACAAGGCCAACGAGACGGAUGAGGAUGACAUCGAGGGGAACUUGCUGCUCCCCGAGGGGGUGCCGCCGGAACGCCAGUGGGCCCGGUUCUAUGUGAAAAUCUACCGAGCAGAGGGGCUGCCCCGCAUGAACACCAGCCUGAUGGCCAACGUGAAGAAGGCGUUCAUCGGUGAGAACAAGGACCUGGUCGACCCCUAUGUGCAAGUCUUCUUUGCCGGCCAGAAGGGCAAGACGUCGGUGCAGAAAAGCAGCUAUGAGCCACUGUGGAAUGAGCAGGUGGUCUUUACAGACCUGUUCCCCCCGCUCUGCAAGCGCUUGAAGGUACAGAUCCGGGACUCAGACAAGGUCAACGACGUGGCCAUCGGCACCCACUUCAUUGACCUGCGCAAGAUUUCCAACGAUGGAGACAAAGGCUUCCUGCCCACGCUGGGCCCCGCCUGGGUGAACAUGUACGGCUCCACACGCAACUACACGCUGCUGGACGAGCACCAGGACCUGAACGAGGGCCUGGGCGAAGGCGUGUCCUUCCGCGCCCGCCUCAUGCUGGGCCUGGCCGUGGAGAUCCUGGACACCUCCAACCCCGAGCUCACCAGCUCCACGGAGGUGCAGCUGGAGCAGACCACGCCUGUGUCCGAGAGCUGCACGGGGAAAACGGAAGAAUUCUUUCUGUUCGGAGCCUUCCUGGAAGCCUCAAUGAUUGACCGGAAAAACGGAGACAAGCCCAUCACCUUUGAGGUCACCAUAGGCAACUAUGGCAACGAAGUCGACGGCCUAUCACGACCCCAGCGGCCUAAGCCCCGGAAGGAACCCGGGGACGAGGAGGAAGUCGAUCUGAUCCAGAACUCGAGUGACGACGAGCCGGACGAGGGCGGGGACCUGGCCUCAGUCUCCUCCACCCCGCCCAUGCGGCCCCAGAUCACCGACAGGAACUACUUCCAUCUGCCCUACCUGGAGCGCAAGCCCUGCAUCUACAUCAAGAGCUGGUGGCCGGACCAGCGCCGCCGUCUCUACAACGCCAACAUCAUGGACCACAUCGCAGACAAGCUGGAAGAAGGCCUGAAUGAUGUGCAGGAGAUGAUCAAAACGGAGAAGUCCUACCCGGAGCGACGACUGCGGGGCGUCCUGGAGGAGCUGAGCUGUGGCUGCUACCGCUUCCUCUCCCUCGCGGACAAGGACCAGGGCCACUCGUCCCGCACCAGGCUAGACCGGGAGCGCCUCAAGUCCUGCAUGCGGGAGCUGGAGAGCAUGGGGCAGCAGGCAAAGACCCUGCGGGCACAGGUGAAGCGGCACACGCUGCGGGACAAGCUGAGGCUGUGCCAGAACUUCCUACAGAAGCUGCGCUUCCUGGCAGACGAGCCCCAGCACAGCAUCCCCGAUGUCUUCAUCUGGAUGAUGAGCAACAACAAGCGCAUCGCCUACGCCCGGGUGCCCUCCAAGGACCUGCUCUUCUCCGUCGUGGAGGAGGAGCUGGGCAAGGACUGCGCCAAGGUCAAGACGCUCUUCCUCAAGCUGCCCGGGAAACGGGGCUUUGGCUCAGCGGGCUGGACGGUGCAGGCCAAGCUGGAGCUCUACCUGUGGCUGGGCCUCAGCAAGCAGCGCAAGGACUUCUUGUGCGGUCUUCCCUGCGGCUUCGAGGAGGUCAAGGUGGCCCAGGGCCUCAGCCUGCCCUCCUUCCCCCCCAUCAGCCUGGUCUACACCAAGAAGCAGGCCUUCCAGCUCCGCGCCCACAUGUACCAGGCUCGCAGCCUCUUUGCCGCCGACAGCAGCGGCCUCUCAGACCCCUUUGCCCGUGUUUUCUUCAUCAACCAGAGUCAGUGCACAGAGGUGCUGAAUGAGACCCUGUGCCCCACCUGGGACCAGAUGCUGGUGUUCGACAACCUGGAGCUUUAUGGCGAAGCCCACGAGUUGCGGGACGAUCCCCCCAUCAUUGUCAUCGAGAUCUACGACCAGGACACCAUGGGCAAAGCCGACUUCAUGGGCCGGACCUUCGCCAAGCCCCUGGUGAAGAUGGCAGAUGAGGCGUACUGCCCGCCCCGAUUCCCGCCCCAGCUCGAGUACUACCAGAUCUACCGCGGCAACGCCACGGCUGGGGACCUGCUGGCUGCUUUUGAGCUGCUGCAGAUUGGGCCGGCAGGGAAGGCCGACCUGCCGCCCAUCAAUGGCCCGGUGGACAUGGACCGAGGUCCCAUCAUGCCUGUGCCCGUGGGCAUCCGGCCUGUGCUCAGCAAGUACCGGAUCGAGGUGCUGUUCUGGGGCCUGCGGGACCUGAAGCGGGUGAACCUGGCCCAGGUGGACCGGCCGCGAGUGGACAUCGAGUGUGCAGGGAAGGGGGUGCAGUCGUCCCUGAUCCAUAAUUAUAAGAAGAACCCCAACUUCAACACCCUCGUCAAGUGGUUUGAAGUGGACCUCCCCGAGAACGAGCUCCUGCACCCGCCCUUGAACAUCCGCGUGGUGGACUGCCGGGCCUUCGGCCGCUACACCCUGGUCGGCUCCCACGCCGUCAGCUCCCUGCGGCGCUUCAUCUACCGGCCCCCCGACCGCUCGGCCCCCAACUGGAACACCUCGGGCAGGCUCCCCCAGGGCUGCCGCGUGCUGUACAAGGUGGGCCGCCCCUCUCGCCCCGCAGGGGAGGUCGUGGUGAACAUGGAGCCAGAGGUGCCCGUCAAGAAGCUGGAGACCAUGGUGCAGCUGGACGCGACUUCCGACGCCGUCGUCAAGGUGGAUGUGGCUGACGAGGAGAAGGAGAGGAGGAAGAAGAAGAAAAAGGGCAGCUCCGAAGAGCCAGAGGAGGAGGAGCCGGAUGAGAGCAUGCUGGACUGGUGGUCCAAGUACUUCGCCUCCAUCGAUACCAUGAAGGAGCAACUUCGACAGCGAGAGGCCUCAGGAAUUGACUUGGAGGAGAAGGAGGAGAUGGACAACACUGAGGCCCUGAAGGGGCCCAUGAAGGGCAAGGAGAAGGCAAGGGCUGCAAAGGAGGAGAAGAAGAAGAGAACCCAGAUCCCGGGGCCCAGCCAGGCAUCUGAGGUCCCUGAGAAGAAGAAGCCCAAGAUUGAUGAGCUCAAGGUGUACCCCAAGGAGCUGGAGGCAGAGUUUGACAACUUUGAGGAUUGGCUGCACACUUUCAACCUGCUUCGGGGCAAGACGGGGGAUGACGAGGACGGCUCAACCGAGGAGGAGCGCAUCGUGGGCCGGUUCAAGGGCUCCCUCUGCGUGUACAAAGUCCCCCUCCCAGAGGACGUGUCCCGCGAAGCCGGCUACGACCCCACCUACGGCAUGUUCCAGGGCAUCCCCAGCAAUGACCCCAUCAACGUGCUGGUCCGGGUCUAUGUGGUCCGGGCCACAGACCUGCACCCCGCCGACAUCAAUGGCAAAGCUGACCCCUACAUCGCCAUCCGGCUGGGCAAGACUGACAUCCGGGACAAGGAGAACUACAUCUCCAAGCAGCUCAACCCCGUCUUUGGGAAGUCCUUUGACAUCGAGGCUUCCUUCCCCAUGGAGUCCAUGCUGACGGUGGCCGUGUAUGACUGGGAUCUCGUAGGCACGGACGACCUCAUUGGGGAAACCAAGAUCGACCUGGAGAACCGCUUCUACAGCAAGCACCGCGCCACCUGCGGCAUCGCCCAGACCUACUCCAUACAUGGCUACAAUAUCUGGAGGGACCCCAUGAAGCCCAGCCAGAUCCUGACCCGCCUCUGCAAGGAAGGCAAAGUGGACGGCCCCCACUUCGGGCCCCCCGGGAGAGUGAAGGUGUCUAACCGCGUCUUCACUGGGCCCUCGGAGAUUGAGGAUGAGAAUGGUCAGAGGAAGCCCACGGAAGAGCACGUGGCGCUGUUGGCCUUGAGGCACUGGGAGGACAUUCCCCGCGUGGGCUGCCGCCUGGUCCCCGAACACGUGGAGACGCGGCCGCUGCUCAACCCUGACAAGCCGGGCAUCGAGCAGGGCCGCCUGGAGCUGUGGGUGGAUAUGUUUCCCAUGGACAUGCCGGCCCCCGGGACGCCUCUGGACAUCUCCCCCCGGAAGCCCAAGAAGUACGAGCUGCGGGUCAUCGUGUGGAACACGGAUGAGGUGGUCCUGGAAGACGACGACUUCUUCACCGGGGAGAAGUCCAGCGACAUUUUUGUGCGGGGGUGGCUGAAGGGCCAGCAGGAGGACAAGCAGGACACGGACGUCCACUACCACUCCCUGACGGGCGAGGGCAACUUCAACUGGCGCUACCUGUUCCCCUUCGACUACCUGGCUGCCGAGGAAAAGAUCGUCAUCUCCAGGAAGGAGUCCAUGUUCUCCUGGGACGAGACCCAGUACAAGAUCCCCGCGCGGCUCACCCUGCAGAUCUGGGACGCCGACCACUUCUCCGCCGACGACUUCCUGGGGGCCAUCGAGCUGGACCUGAACCGGUUCCCGCGGGGCGCCAAGACGGCCAAGCAGUGCACCAUGGAGAUGGCGACGGGGGACGUGGACGUGCCCCUGGUUUCCAUCUUCAAGCAGAAGCGCGUCAAAGGCUGGUGGCCCCUCCUGGCCCGCAAUGAGAAUGACGAGUUUGAGCUCACGGGCAAGGUGGAGGCCGAGUUGCAUCUACUCACUGCUGAGGAAGCGGAGAAGAAUCCAGUAGGCCUGGCCCGCAAUGAACCUGACCCCCUGGAGAAACCCAACCGGCCUGACACCGCCUUCGUCUGGUUCCUCAACCCCCUCAAGUCCAUCAAGUACCUCAUCUGCACGCGGUACAAGUGGCUGAUCAUCAAGAUCGUGCUGGCGCUGCUGGGGCUGCUGAUGCUGGCCCUCUUCCUCUACAGCCUCCCCGGCUACAUGGUCAAGAAGCUCCUAGGGGCGUGAGGCCCCCUGCGGCGCCCCUCCUGGGCCUGCACCUUUCCUCCUCCUCUGGCCUGGAGGCCUCGGGUCCCAGGGCCCUUCAUCCUGCUGGCUGGGCU